AUGCGCUCCUUGGAGCAAGAACCUGAUAUGGAAGGCCGCCAUCCUCAUCAUCAACGUUCAAAUUCAGAGGAAUCAUUGCAAAUGACCUGGGCACAUACCCAAAUUCUAGAGUUUGUCUCAAAGAUAAACCAUACCGUCUUACGAAGUCGGUGUGCUCUUCAUACCAAUCUGGACGGAAAUGUCCUUGACGUGGAAGCGCUCAAUGAGUGCACGGGAUUCUGGCAGAACUCGGUGCCAUUCAAUAUUGAUAUAUUUACGGCAAAGAGGCGAUUGAUGGAGCGCUGGGUUAUCUCGUUUGAACAAUCUACAAGUGAUAAGAAGAUGUCGGUCUCAACUGAUGUCACGGAUUUGAUACUCUUGGCUCAGUCGCUUUACUCUUACGUCCGUCUUUUGCCCUUGCAGAACGCCAUAUUGGAAGGCAAUUUGAGUAAAUCAGCACUACAAUAUUGUGUAUCAACUGCAGAUGGCCGCGUUCUGGCGCUGAGUACGAAUGAUGCACAAGAGUCUGGAUCUUCGGGCUUCGAUUUAUCGGCAAAGCUCAAAGUCUUCAAGUUUCGAUCAGCAAAGUUGGACUGUGGUCGCCUGAAUCUUUCAGUGGUCUAUGACUCGAAUUUGGCCAACUUUGUAAUACAUAAAGAAGUCGACAAAAAGGAAGUGGAAAGGCAGCAGACGCAGGUCACUCCCACACCGCCGGUACCACAACAAAGGAGGCGGAUGUCGAUAGGAGGAUCACCAUUUCCAUCACCGAAAAUGACCCGAAAAGUAUUGGCUCUAACCCAUUUAAAGCACGACAAGUCAACAGAUGCUAAACCAACAAAUAUAAUCAUAAACUCGAAAAACAGCAUGCAGACACCGCCUGGAUCCCCAAACAGUCGUGCUCGGCCUGUAGCAAUACCUUCUCCAUCACCAAUUCAAUCAUCUGCAUCUAGCCCGAACGAUAACGCAGAUGAUUUGGACGCUGACGGUGUCAGCAUAAGUCGUGGGCGCCAUACAGUGCGGGAUUCCGCCGAUAUAGCAUCUCACAGUCGUAAAAGUGGGCAUGGUCCUUUAUAUCUGGAGGUGAAUCACUUACCACGUCCUCUCCAGAUGGCUAAAUCUGUCAGUGAUGGUCCGCCAGUGAAUCGCCGAUUAAGUUUUGGCGGUCCAGGUCAUGCUGAGCUCUUUGGAAGUCUUGUAGGGUCGUAUGAAGAAUCGAUAUUGUCUGGACGCAUGUCAACUCUUCCCUCAAAGCCCAUAAUGUUCAUCGCAGAGAUUGGUGUCGUGGGAUUUGGUAAAUGUAAGCCGUCUCUACAGUGUCCGCCGCAUAUAAAUGUGGAAUUUCCAGCAUACUUUUAUGAAAUGUAUGGUGACUCUGCAAUCGCCACACCCUAUGUUGGCAGUAUCGAUUUGGAGUCAGCUAUGGCAGUUAUAGAAGGUGGUCAACGUAGCAAGACUCCAGGAUAUAGGCUACCUCCUAAAGGACAACUGCAAAUUCUCAUAAAGAAUCCUUCGAAAACAACAGUCAAAGUUUAUCUAGUUCCGUAUGAUUUGAGAGAUAUGCCUCCGGCUACGAAGACGUUCCUUCGACAAAAGUCGUAUGCCAUGUCUUCGAAUAGUACUACACCAGUAGAUGCAAGUGCAUCUUCUUCAUCAUCGAAAGGAUCGCAUUCCAUAUCAAAAGUAUCCCCAGCUCCUUCCACCACAUUACCAGCAUCACCAGCGUCGUCCACUGUGACAUCACAAUCAUCUACCGCUUCGACUGCCACACCUGUAACCUCAACGCCGUCAUCCACCCUAUCAUCAUCGUCACAACAGCUACCACCACGAGUACCAACUGCUACAUCUCUGAUUGACAAGGACCGACUACGUUAUGCCAUACAUCUUCAAAUAAUAUCAACACCUCAUAAACGAAUAUUAUUGUCAAAGUCAAUCCGAGUAGUCUUCUCCCCUAGGCAGCCAGAAUCUGACGAGAAACUUCGAGUCGUGGUGGAAAAUCCUGGAGAACCGAAAUAUCUCACAGUCGAUUCAACUACAACGCCAGAUUCUACCAACAGACGGCAUAGUCACCAUAGUUUUAGUAGCUUGAUGGCAGCAGGUGUCUCUCCGAGUGAUUAUACAGUGUCGCCAGUACGACCUUCAGAGUUUAGCAGCUUCUUGACGCAAAGAUACACAAAUCAUCAUCAGAAUCAACAAUGGGACUCAAACAGCUGGCUCGAUGACUCUGGUAGUAUGAACAGGAACUCCAUAUUAGGUGGCAGUAGUCGGCUUCUUAGCAAACAGUAG